CAGCAGUUUAUCUUAGCAAACUACUAGCUAGGAGACAUCGAAUUAAGAUGGCCAAGGUUAACGCCGGCGCCGCCCUGUUGUCUCUGUGCCUGUUGCUGGCCUGUUCUGCCGGAGGCACACAGGCCGCCUACGUGGACGUGGAGGGCACCGUGAGGACAGAAGUAGAGAAGGCCAUCAAGAGCAACCCCGGCAUCGGUGCCGCCCUCGUCCGUCUGGUGUUCCACGACUGCUGGGUUAAUGGUUGCGAUGGAUCGGUGCUCUUGGACAAGACGACAUCCGGUGGCAAUACCGAGAAGAAGGCGAUCAACAAUAUCGGCCUGGACGGCUUCAACCUGAUCGACACCAUCAAGUACAAACUGGGCAACAGCGUCUCGUGCGCUGACAUCGUCGUCUUCGCCGCGCGUGACGCGGCCAGAUACCUGAGCGGCGGCAAAAUCACCUACUCCGUUCCCUCAGGGCGCAAGGACGGCAUCGUCUCGUCUGCCGCUGCCGCAGACGCCAUCCUCCCGCAAUCCACCUUCGAGUUCCAACAGCUCGUGGACAACUUCGCCAAGAAGAACUUCACCCAGGAGGAGCUCGUCAUCCUCUCCGGCGCGCACUCCAUCGGCGUCUCCCACCUCUCGUCCUUCCAGGACCGCCUCAACGAUUCAACCGCGACCCCGAUCGACGACAACUACAAGCAGGCUCUUGUCGCAGACGUCGAGGCCCAGAAGAAGAGCCAAAAUACGCCGGAUCCGAUUGAGAAGAACAACAUCCGCGACAUGAGCUCGAGCUUCCAGACCACCGCCGGGUACGACCCCACAGGUGUGAACACCGCGGCAAAGGGCGCUCUGGACAACAGCUACUACCACGCCAACCUCCAGAACAGGGUGCUCUUCAAGUCCGACUGGGUUAUGCGCACGGACAGCAAAGCCGGGGACGACAUGGCCGAGUACAUGAACAAUGCCACCAAGUGGAACAACGACUUCGCCGCUGCCAUGGUCAAGCUCAGCAAGCUGCCGGCCGAGGGUAGUACUCGUUACGAGAUAAGGAAGAACUGCAGAGUCACCAACCAGAACUACUAUUACUAGAAGCAACGGCAUCACCUACAGGCUACAGGUGCCAUGGAUGCAAUGAUUUGUAUUUUGAAGGCUCUGUUCCAUCCCUAAUUUGUAUAACCACAAUACUCACUGCAAAAUAAAACGACAAUAAAAGAACGAAAAAUAUAUUUGGCAA